AAAAGUAGAAGACUGACAGUUGAGAUGAGAGAGUCGAAUAGCGUUCCUGACGGUCUUCACUUUCUCCUUGUCCAUCUCCUGGAAAAAUAAUAAGAAGAAAAAAAAAAAAAUUCUUGAAUCAAUGAAAUUAAACCAAAAUCAAUAAGUGAUGAGCGGCAUUAAAUUAAAAUAGAAAUAGAUGUACUCCAGUAAUCUCAAAGGGUUUUUACUGGCUGUGGUCUCAAGUGCCUUUAUAGGAUCCAGUUUCAUCAUCAAGAAGAAGGGCCUCAGAAAGGCUGGUGUCAACGGUCCUAGUGCUAGUUCUGGAGGAUAUGGUUAUCUGUUAGAGCCGCUAUGGUGGAUCGGCAUGGUUACUAUGAUUGUGGGUGAGAUUGCAAAUUUUGUAGCAUAUAUUUAUGCUCCUGCCGCGCUAGUUACUCCACUUGGUGCAUUGAGUAUCAUUGUUAGUGCUGUUUUGGCGCAUUUCUUAUUGAAGGAGAAGUUAGGCAAAAUGGGAAUUUUGGGGUGUCUUUUAUGUGUAGUGGGUUCUGUAGUAAUUGUGCUUCAUGCUCCACAAGAGGAAUCUAUUGAUUCAGUUGAGGAAAUUUGGGAGUUAGCAACGCAACCUGCAUUUCUUUUGUAUGUGGGCUCAGUAGUGGCUGUAGCAUUGGUAUUGAUCUUGUAUUGUGCUCCUCGAUAUGGCCAAACCAACAUAAUGAUAUAUAUAGGGAUUUGCUCUGUAAUUGGGUCCUUGACAGUUAUGAGUGUUAAAGCCAUUGGCAUUGCAAUAAAGUUAACACUGGAGGGAAUAAACCAAGCCAAAUACUUUCAGACAUGGAUUUUUGCAAUGGUUGCAAUCACCUGUAUCAUCACACAAUUAAACUAUCUAAACAUGGCAUUGGAUACUUUCAACACAGCAGUUGUUUCUCCUAUAUACUAUGCUUUGUUCACAUCUUUUACAAUAUUCGCCAGCGCAAUAAUGUUUAAGGAUUAUUCUGGGCAAAGUGCAAGUAGUAUAACAUCAGAGCUUUGUGGAUUUAUCACUGUGUUAUCUGGAACGACUGUAUUACAUAGCACAAGAGAGCCAGAUCCACCUUUUAUUACAGAUCUUUAUACUCCAUUAUCCCCUAAAGUAUCAUGGUACAUCCAAGGCAAUGGGGAAGUCUGCAAGCUGAUAGAUGAAAAUGGGCCACCUCCUAGUUUUAUCACAAUUCUCCGUCAAGACUACUUCAAGUAAAUGAAACAUGCAGGGGACAUCAAAAUACAGCUUGAGAAUUCUUGCAUGAUUGUGCUGGCAAAAAAUGUGGUAAUAUUUUGUCCAGAAAUUUCCUAUUCUUCUUCCUCUCAUCAUCGAGUCUGAUCAGAGUCAUUUGGUGCAGAGUACUGUAGCUAUAGUGAGUUAUUUGUUCUACUUGUUUAUUUUCAUUUUUUUUUUAAAGCCCUUCCUUCACACACUGAUUUUGCUAUUUCCUCAACUUGUCGCUACAUGUUAUUUCUUUGUAGAAACAAAGGGCAGGUUUGGAAUAGACUAAUCCUUGUAGGUCAGUCAGUCAGUCUGUCUGUCUGUCUCUGUAAUUUCGCAUUUUGCUUCUCAUCUAGGGAAUUGGUAAAAUAAUUGAUCUCUUUUGCUUAAGUUUGUAAAUUGACUGAAUUCUGAAUUGCUGUGAAGCUAUUUUUCUUUCUCAACAUGUUGCAGAUGCACUGGGGCAUGUCCUGUAUUAGAAUCAUAUUAUGAUACCAAUUCACUUUUUAAUGUAUUUUGAUUAGGAGUUUGGGUGA